AUGAGUCCUCUAAAGAUACAUGGCUUUGUUCGCAUUUGGAGCAAGACUGGGGUAACUAAAGAGGGAGAAGCUCUUGUGGAAACAGUGGAAGGAGAGAAGGAAAUCAGCCUGGCAGUCAUCUCCAACUCUGAAGGAUUUAUCUGGGUUCUUCAACUCAGCAACAGUAUUACAAGUGUGGGCCUUACACAUCGUGGAGAGAGACAAAGCUGUCUGCAUGUAGCUCUGCAAGACAACAGCUGGUUGUUCACUGACCAAUUGUCCUAACGGGAUGCUGAACAGUCGAAGGCCUUCCUGGACGUGGUCUGUCAAAGCAAACCCCAGCCACCCAGGAAACACAAUCGGUCCCUGAAAAAAAGUAACCCUUAACCUAACAAGAAAUUGAAGACAGAUUCCUUUGAGUAUACAGAAAGUAACAAGGAUGAACCGUUGCAUUCAGAAGGUUUGGAGUUUCCAUCAGAAGAAAUGUAUAGCCAUGACGACCUAAGAUGGAACGACCUUGACACUCACCCAAAACAAUUCUGGCAAGGGUUCCCCAACCUGGGGACGAACACCUGUUACAUGAAUGCAAUUUUACAGUCGCUGUUUGUGAUUCCCUCAUUUGCUGACGAUUUACUCAUGAAGGGCAUAUCGUGGAAGAAAAUUUCCUUUGAUGCUUUUAUUAGGUGCCUGACCCAGCUACUUGCUUUAAAAGAUAUUUGUAACAUGGAGGGCAAGAAAGAGCUACUUGUCAAUAUUAAAAUUGCUAUUUCAGCUGUUGCAGAGACCUUCUCCGGCGACGUGCAGAAUGAUGCUUAAGAGUUUUUAGGGUACUGUUUAGAGCAGCUGAAAAAAGACAUAGAAAAAUUAAACAUUGCUUUGAAGACUGAGAGGGAAAGGGAUGGAAAUUCAUCUUCGCAGAUGCAUACGGAUAACGCUGCCUGCCAGACAUUUGUUUGUCCCAUUGUGGCUAACUUUGAGUUUGAAUUGCAGCACUCCAUUAUCUGUAAAGCCUGUGGACAGGUCAUUCUCAAGACGGAGCCAAGUCAUUAUCUUUCUAUCAACCCUCCCCAAGAAACAAAACUACAACCGUCCUCUAUUCAGAAUUCUUUUGAUCUUUUCUUUAGGGCAGAAGACCUCGAGUACAACUGUAACGAAUGCACCCACGAGACGUCUGUUGCAAUGCACAAAUUCAGUAAGCUUCCCAGACUGCUCAUCAUCCAUCUGAAACACUAUAGCUUUAACGAUGCUUGGUUGCUGGUGAAGGAUAACCAACCGGUUGCUAUUCCUAAAUUUUUAAGCUCAUCUUCUCAUUGCAGUGAGAGCACCAAGUUACCUUUUCCUACUGCCAGUCCCAGGGACUCCAAAAUGCUAGAAGUCUCUCCAGAGAUGGUUUCUGAGAUCCUCGCCCCAUCGUCACCUUCAGAGAAGUUGAUCUCAGAAUCCAGCGAUUCCUUGGCAAAGAAUGCUGAACCACUAACAUUCCAGAAGAUCGUUGAAGGGUCAAACCAAGAACAGCAGCAGAGAGACCUGGAAAACGGUCCUAAACAGAAUAUAACAGCUUCAGAAAAGGCAGAAAAGGAGCUGCCAGCAGCUGACUCAGGGAUGGAUCAAGAACACACAUGUCUCAUGAUCUGUGAAGAUGCAAGUGAACUUACCAGCAGCCCAUCAAGUCUUGGAGAGGCUCAGCUCCAAGAGGUGCCUGAAGAUACGGACCUUAAGAAAUCUGACUGCCCCAACGCAUUCUUAGAGCUAGAUGUGGGCAGUGUCAUGGAGUCCAUUGAAGAGUUUUAUAAGGCUCAUGAAAACAGGAUUCGAUCUCAAGGCAUGGCUGAACAACUGCAGCAGCAUGAUUGGAAAAGAAUCAUCGAGGAAUUCUCCCAACAGGAAUCACCUCCAGGCGUUAGGGAGCUGGGUGCCCAGGAAUACACAGAAAAGGACUUCCAGGAUUGUCAGAAAGAUGAUAACAGGGACUCCCUCACUGCUUUGGGUGAUACGAACCCUGGAAUUUUAGACAGGGAGGACACAGAAACUGAAGCCCGGGUGAAAGGAAACACCGAGCGGCUCAUCCGUGUCAUCAGCCAUCCCAGGAGCCCCCCAGAUUCAGGCCAGCACAUCAGCGAUGUUUAUGACUUUCAGAAGCAGGCCUGGUUCACAUACCAUGACCUAGUAGUAUCAGAAAUCCAAGAGUCCGUGGUGCAGGAGGCCAGGCCUCACACUGGGUAUAUCUUCUUUUGUAUGCACGAUGAGGUCUUUCAGGCGCUGUUGAGAAAGCACAUCCUGGAUCCCGUUUCAGACCAGCUGAAUCAGAAACUGGGGGCGCGACUCGAGACCACGGUGGGCUCCCCGCGCUCCCCGCUGCUCCUGCUGGCCGCCCUGAUCGUCGCCCUGGCCCUGGCCGUGAGCCCCGCGGCCGCGCAGGGCCCUGGAGAGCGUCGCCUGCUGGGCGGCCUGGCGGAGGCGGGCGUCAACGAGGAGGGCGUGCAGGGGGCGCUGUCCCUUGCGGUCAGCGAGCUCAACAAGCGGAGCAGCGACGCUUACCAGAGCCGCGCCGGCAAGCAGCUCGUGUCGGGGACGGACUACUUCUCGGACGUGGAGCUUGGCCGGACUACACGUACCAAGUCCCAGGCCAGCUUAGACAGCUGUCCCUUCCAUGGCCAGCCGCACCUGAAGAGGGGGAAAGCGUGCUCGUUCCAGGCUGACGUCGUCCCGUGGAUGAACACCGUCAAGCUGCUGAAGUUUAGCUGCCAGGAUUAA